ACGUUGAAUUUCGGGAAAAUGUAUUAUAACUUUCGUGAUUCAUCACAAUGUCCAUGUAAGAAAUUACAAUGAGAAAAGAGGAGCGAAUCAAAGCAGGAAUAAGGUUGCGAGGACCAUCUCCUACAUCAAAGAAGAAUUCUAUAUUUGAAAACACACACUUAGACUCCAAAUGUGUUUCUGCUGAUAUCGUGAAAAAGGAAUUGUAUGAUCAUGGAUACCGUUCUAUCAAGCCUGUGGGUGAGGGGGCCUACGCUAAAGUAAGACUUGCUGAAGUCAUGCCUAGCAAACUAGCUCGUAACGACGUUCUAGCCAAUCAGGCGGGAGAUGCUAGUGUUUUCCUAGUUGCAAUUAAAGUUAUCGACAAACGAACAGUAGCCAAAGAUUUCAUGCAGAAAUUUCUUCCGAGAGAAUUGGAGAAUCAUUCUAAAUUACAUCCACAUAAAAAUGUGGUAAGAGUGUAUGAGAUUAUCCAUACUCAUCAUAACGUCUACAUUGUCAUGGAAUACUGUCCCAAUGGUGAUCUUUUGGACCUUAUAAAUCAAUACAUUGGGGAAAAUAAAAAAGGGAUUGGAGAGGAAAUGGCAAAAAUACUUUUCUAUCAGCUAUCUAGUGCGGUACAGCAUAUCCAUAAUGCUGGCAUCGUUCACAGAGAUCUAAAGUGUGAAAACAUAUUACUUGGUGAAAAUAACGAACUUAAGAUAACAGAUUUUGGUUUCUCUCGGAAUUGCAACGGAAGAAAAACAAUGUUAGAAACCUCCUGUGGGUCAUAUGCGUACACUGCACCUGAAGUUAUUAAAAAGGGCUCAUAUGAUGGCUUUCACUCAGAUGUAUGGAGCUUAGGAAUAAUUUUGUUUGCGAUGGUUAAUGGUCGUCUGCCAUUCAAUGACUCACAACUUCAAGAAAUGGAGGAAGAAAUGAAGAUGCAAAGACUACGAUUUGAACGAAAUAUUUCUUUCGAUUGCAUGUCAUUGAUAAGAAGAUUGCUGCGAUAUUCCCCUCGCUGUCGCCCUUCUAUUAGAGAAGUACACGAAGAUUCCUGGUUGAUCAGCAAAAAAUCGAACCCACAGCAACUUUAUCAUGUAAAGGGGGGAGUACAGGCUUCACAUAGUGUUCCACAAAAAAUUAAACAAUCCACUCCAAAAGAACAUCUGGGGAUAACUCCAGUGCCAGUGCAGGAAUCUCAUCAUGCCUGCUUUAAAACUACGGUAUCGGCCAAACAACCAACUGUUACAGGGACAGUGACGCUGAAUCAUGAUGCAGGGGAGACAGUCACCCUCAAAAGUCGGAAACAUUACAACCUCAAACGUCCAAAAACAUGGCCGAUGACACCUAAAGCUAACACCGCUUUAUUGCCUCAUCCUAAAGAAGCAUCAUCACGGAGACAGAGUAAGAAAGUCAUUCAUACCCACUCAGAUGCUAGGCAGUUAGUUCACACUAUGUUGGCGAAGAAACUUCGACAAGGAGAGAUGACAGAUAACCGAGAAUUUACAAAACAAAUACCACUCUGGUUAUUAAAGAAAUUGGUAGAGUCGGAUAGAGAAGCUGACUACAGCGAAGAAAUUACAUUAACGAAAGGUUUAGCUAAUACGGAUAAAUUGGAUGUCAAUAAAAAACAACUCUCCGUGAAACCGUUUUUUGGGAGUAAGCAGCCUGCAUAUCCUUUCAAACGUCAUCCAGAGAAGAAAGUUUCUUGUCCCGACUGCACUUCUGAUGAAAAAGGGGCUUCAGCUUCUGAUAUAUCCUCGUCUACAACAGGGGCAGUUCAUAAAACACCCCAAAACAGUCACAAGAUUCCUCAACUUCCAACACAGAGCUCUGUACUUUCUUCUCACGCAAAAAGAAAUAAUGAAAUCUGCAUAGAGAAUGCGACGGGUAAAACGGCUGAUGACACCGUUGAAUUUUCUCGAGAUUGUAGAAACAAAACGAAAUUAAACAAACUAUCUUAUCCGCUAGGUAAUGAAGUAUCUCAUUCACCGACUAAAUCAAAGCCAGCAGGAAAAUUAGGAAGACAUAGAUAUAUUUUCCUCAAAUCAACGAAAAUUGACAAAAGUAAAAGUAUGGCUCUAGAAGCGAGUCAAUAUGUAAAUACGCCGCACUUAGAAAAAGGAGCUCCAAAUUCUCCAAGACCUGGAAACAAUCAAGAGUACCGUAAAUUGAGUAGAAAAGUGACAACAGAUCCUACGCAAGAAAGAGAAGAGCCAGCUCAAGUUGGGAUCAACAAUAAUGACAGAACAGUUGCUGAGGCCACUAAGUGUAACAAGGGGAGUCUGAUCGGACAGUAUGUAAAAGGGAUCAAUGGAGAAUUGCGGUGCAGUUUUGGAAAAAUAAAUGCCUCUUGUCGCUUAAUAUGGAACCCGAAUCAUUCGACUUCAACUAGAAGAUCAUGUGCACAGGGGGAAAAAGUUACGAGUAAUAACACUGCGUCUUUAUCAUCAAAACCAGUAGCAUCAUCUGUUAAGCACAGAACUAUUAUUCAUUGUACAUAAAAUUCAUUGUUUAUAAUUUAUGGAACUCAAAAUUGUAUAAGUUUUUUUUAAAAUGAAGUUUGGACAGCUGUGUCGUAAUUUUUCAAAGAGUUAUAUUGUCAAUAAUCUACAGGAAGAAGUGAACUGUUAAUAUGCAUUACCAGUUGAAAGCUUUAAAAGUUCUGGGAC